UUUUCUCUCCUUCAGCUGACAUCCAGAUCUCAAGGGCUCCCUGGCAUCUUCACUCUGAGCCAGAAUGGAAGGUCACCAUCAUAUGUUUCUUCACUUUGCAAGCAUAAUACUGGCCAUCGUUAGCCAGCUAUUUUCUGAGACCUUUCACAUACUAGGAUUAGAACUUAAAACAUCUGAUGGUUUGUACGGGAACACAUCAGCCAUAGUUUCUGAGCUGUUCCCUCUGGACGUGACCAUGGACAGGUGGGCACGGUACACCUGGAUCCUGGUCCAGGCCUGGAAUGCUGCCUGGCUCCUGCACUCUGCCUUCACAGUGCUCAGAAGGAACACUUUCAGCCCCUUGUGCUACAACCCUGAGAUCCAUCCCCCAGCAUUCUUCUUCAUGUGGGUUGUGAUCAACGCUGCAAGGUUUGGUGGGAUGUUUCUAUGGGCCAAGCAGGAUCUUCUGGGAACUCUGUUUUUCAAGUUGAUGGUGCCGUUCCAGAGCUUCUUCAUGCUGUAUAUGUCCUAUUGCAACCUGUACCGUCACAGAGCAUGGCUGGCCAUCAACAACCCUAAGGAGGUCUGGUGUACACGCUGUUUGACCCAGAACGGGCUGGCGAUGUUUGCCUGGUGGACCCUGCUGGAGACCCUGGUGUGUUUGGGGGUGGUCUUGAAGCACAAGGCUGGCCUGCAGGAUCCCAUGGCCAGCUCUGUGGUCCUGUUAUUGCUCCUACUGGGGAUGCUGCUCUGGUUUGCUAUUCAAAAAGUGCUCUCCAAGUAUAUCCGCUACACCUUCACCGUCUACCCAGUGCUGGUUUUGGGCUUGGGGGCCAUGUUCACCAGGGGCUACCAUGUCCACAACAUAACCCCCAAUACUGUCUACUGUGGUGUCCUCAUGCUCAUAGCGACCGUCCUGAACAGUGUGCUUCUGAUUGCUGCUUGUUUCUACACUGAUGAGGCCUCCGAUUCCUCUGACACACAUCCCCACCCCCCACCUGACGGGUGUAAGACUGUGUGCCAGCAAGUUGGCGCGAACAGCAAGAAAUUUGCCAUUGCCAAUCCAGUUUACUGCCAGAACUAAGGAAAAAGUUACCUUGGAUUAAAUGAUGUGCAAUGUGAAA